GAAAGCUAAUUGCUGUUUCACGAAAAUCGAAGGACCAACCAUUGCUUGCUUCGACCCAGCGUUAAAGCUAAAACCCCAGUAUUAUUGCUCUGUUUUCGUGUAUAAAAGGAGAGCCUGGCCUCUCCUCUCCACCAUCAAAACGAAGCAAAGCCCGUUCAUUGCUUUGUCUCGUUUAUUUUGUUUCGUUGUUCCGUUCGUUUCAUUUUCUUUGUGCUCGCUCUUCCAGUCCCUGUUCUGGGGGAAGGUGAAUUUUCUCCGAGAAAAUCUCUGUUUCUCACAUGGCGGACAGGGUCCUCACUCGCGUCCACAGCCUGCGCGAGCGCCUCGACGAAACUCUCUCUGCUCACCGCAAUGAAAUUCUCUUGCUUCUCUCAAAGAUUGAAGCCCAUGGCAAAGGAAUUCUGAAGCCCCACCAGAUUGAGGCUGAGUUCGAAUCACUCUCCAAAGAUGUCCAAAAGAAGCUCCAUGAUGGAGCUUUCGGCGAGGUUCUGAAAUCAACCCAGGAAGCCAUAGUUUUGGCUCCAUGGAUUGCUCUGGCUGUUCGGGUAAGGCCCGGUGUCUGGGAAUACAUAAGGGUGAACACUAAUGCUCUUGUUGUUGAUCAGUUGAGCGUGCCAGAGUAUCUUCACUUCAAGGAAGAACUCGUCGACGGACCUCAAAACGGAAACUUUGUUCUCGAGUUGGAUUUUGAACCCUUCACCGCAUCUUUCCCUCGGCCGACUCUUUCCAAGUCAAUUGGGAAUGGAGUUGAGUUCCUCAAUAGGCACCUCUCUGCAAAAUUGUUCCAUGACAGAGAUAGCAUGCACCCACUUCUUGAUUUUCUCAAGGUUCACCAGUACAAGGGCCAGAGUAUGAUGCUCAAUGACAGGAUUCAAAACCUUAAUGCCCUCCAAUUUGUUCUGAGGAAGGCAGAGGAAUUUCUCCUCACACUCCCACUUGAAACGCCAUAUUCCGAGUUUGAGUACAAGUUCCAGGAGAUUGGUUUGGAGAGAGGAUGGGGUGACACUGCCGAGCGGGUGCUUGGAAUGAUCCACCUGCUGCUGGAUCUGCUUGAGGCGCCGGACCCGUGCACGCUCGAGACGUUCCUUGGCAGAAUCCCUAUGGUUUUCAAUGUUGUUAUCCUUUCUCCCCAUGGCUACUUCGCUCAAGAAAAUGUCUUGGGCUAUCCUGACACUGGUGGUCAGGUUGUUUACAUUUUGGAUCAAGUUCCUGCCAUGGAACGUGAAAUGUUGAAGCGUAUUAAGGAGCAAGGGCUCGAUAUCAUCCCCCGAAUUCUCAUUGUGACUCGUCUUCUCCCGGAUGCAGUGGGCACGACCUGUGGCCAACACCUUGAGAAAGUUUAUGGUGCAGAGCACUCUCACAUUCUUCGAGUUCCCUUUAGAAAUGAGAAGGGCAUUGUCCGGAAGUGGAUCUCUCGUUUCGAAGUGUGGCCAUACAUUGAGACCUUCACAGAGGAUGUUGCUCACGAAAUUUCCAAGGAGUUGCAGGCAAAGCCUGAUUUGAUCAUAGGAAACUACAGUGAGGGUAACCUUGUUGCCUCAUUGUUGGCUCACAAGUUAGGAGUAACACAGUGUACUAUUGCUCACGCAUUGGAGAAAACAAAAUACCCCGAUUCAGACAUUUACUGGAAAAAAUUUGAGGAUAAGUACCACUUUUCGUGCCAGUUUACAGCUGAUCUUAUCGCCAUGAACCACACCGACUUUAUUAUCACCAGUACUUUCCAGGAAAUUGCUGGAAGUAAGAAUACCGUAGGACAGUAUGAGAGUCACACCGCCUUCACCAUGCCUGGUCUGUACCGGGUUGUCCAUGGCAUUGAUGUGUUUGACCCGAAAUUCAACAUUGUCUCGCCUGGGGCUGAUAUGUCCAUCUACUUCCCUCACACAGAGAAGGAGAAGAGGCUUACUAAGUUCCACCCUGAGAUUGAAGAGCUUCUCUUCAGUGAUGUGGAAAAUGAGGAGCAUCUAGGUGUGCUGCAUGACAAGAAGAAGCCCAUCAUCUUCUCUAUGGCAAGGCUAGACCGGGUGAAGAACCUGACAGGACUUGUCGAGCUGUAUGGUAAGUGUGAGCGGCUCAGAGAGCUGGCUAAUCUAGUCGUGGUGGGUGGAGAUCGCAGGAAGGAGUCCAAGGAUUUGGAAGAGCAGGCCGAGAUGAAGAAGAUGUAUGAUCUCAUCGAGAAACACAAGCUCAACGGGCAGUUUAGAUGGAUAUCUUCCCAGAUGAACCGGAUCAGGAAUGGUGAGCUAUACCGGUUCAUUGCCGACACCAAGGGUGUUUUCGUGCAGCCUGCGUUCUACGAGGCUUUCGGGUUGACGGUUGUUGAGUCCAUGACCUGUGGCCUGCCGACAUUCGCAACCUGCCACGGUGGCCCGGCAGAGAUCAUCAUUCAUGGAAAGUCUGGCUUCCACAUUGAUCCCUAUCAUGGUGAUCAGGUAGCUGAGCUUCUUGUCAACUUCUACGAGAAGUUCAACAAAGAUCCUUCUUAUUGGGAGGCCAUUUCACAAGGAGGCCUUAAGAGGAUCCAAGAGAAAUACACUUGGCAGAUCUACUCCGAGCGGCUAAUGACGCUCGCUGGGGUUUACGGGUUCUGGAAGUACGUGUCAAAGCUCGACCGCCUCGAGAUCCGUCGCUACCUAGAGAUGUUCUAUGCCCUCAAGUAUCGCAAGUUGGCUGAGUCUGUGCCAUUGGCUGCUGAGUAGAAAGAAGAUUGGUGGAUGAAUUGGGGGCUUGCGAAGUGGAAGUUUCCUGAAUUGCUGAAUAAUUCUCAAGCGUUUUGAGACUGUAAAAGAAAGAGGCUUCUGCUUUUCUUUUCUUCUUUUUUGUUUUUUGUUCUCUGUUUUUUGCUUUUGUUUUCUUUCCAUUCCAUUAUGUUCUUUCCAUUGUUGUCGUUGCUUGCAAUUGGAUUUGAGCCCUGUUUUUCGCAAGGAACAGUCGGUUUUUGCUUGAA